AAUCUCAGUGCAGAACUUUCAAACCUUGCAUCUACCUCGCCAAAUGAGUUUGUCACUCUUGGCUGCAUUGGAUAGACAUGUGCUGUAAUUUUUGCAGCUCUAAAAUGUACAGUUUUGCUUUAUUAGUACUUACUUUGUUGUCGUGUUUAAAGUUAGAGCAUGUCCAGGGAUACUUUCCAGAGGAGCGGUGGAAUCCGGAGUCUCCUCUCCUUGCUCCAAGAGUUCUUAUUGCGCUCAUCUGUCGCAACUCGGAACAUUCAUUACCAUACUUUCUGGGGACUAUUGAACGCCUGAACUAUCCGAAAGAGCGUAUUGCCCUGUGGGUAGCCACCGACCACAAUGUGGACAACACCACCACCAUGCUGAGGGACUGGCUCACCAAGGUGCAGAAGGAAUACCACACUGUGGAGUGGAGGCCGCUCGAGAAGCCACGAGCCUUCUCUGAUGAGGACGGGCCCAAACAGUGGAGCACCCAGCGUUAUGCCUAUGUGAUGAAGCUAAGGCAAGCAGCGCUGGAGUCCGCCAGGGAGAUGUGGGCUGACUACUUCAUGCUUGUGGACUGUGACAACCUCCUGACCAACCCGGAUGUGCUAUGGAAACUCAUAAGGGAGAACAAGACCAUCGUGGCUCCCAUGCUGGAGUCCAGGGCAGCCUACUCCAACUUCUGGUGUGGAAUGACCACACAGGGUUACUAUAAGCGCACGCCUGCUUACAUCCCCAUCCGUAAGCACGAGCGUAAGGGCUGCUUUGCCGUGCCCAUGGUCCACUCCACCUUCCUGAUCGACCUGAGGAAGGAAGCCUCCAGAAAGCUGGCGUUCCACCCCCCGCACAAGGAGUACAGCUGGGCCUUCGAUGACAUCAUCGUGUUUGCCUACUCCGCUCGCGUGGCAGAUGUUCAGAUGUUCGUGUUGAACAGAGAGACGUACGGAUACCUUCCAGUUCCACUGCGACCUCAUAACACACUGAAGGAUGAGGCUGACAGCUUUGUUCACUCAGUGUUGGAGGCUAAUGUGCGAAACCUUCCACUGGAGCCCUCAAAAUACCUACCUGUUCCCGUCAGGACACCAGAUAAACUUGGCUUUGAUGAGGUGUUCAUGAUAAACCUGCAGCGGAGGACUGACCGCCGCGAUCGCAUGCUGAGGGCGCUCCGGGAGCAGGAGAUCGACUGCAAGAUCAUCAGCGCCGUGGACGGGAAGGCCAUGAACGUGAGUGAGAUCCAUGAGAUGGGUAUCCACAUGCUCCCAGGCUACAGCGACCCGUACCACGGCCGCCCCCUCACCAAGGGAGAGCUGGGAUGCUUCCUGUCCCACUACAACAUCUGGAAGGAGAUUGUGGACCGUGGCCUGAAAACCUCCCUGGUGAUCGAGGAUGACCUGCGCUUUGAGGUGUUCUUCAAGCGGCGGGUUCAGAACCUCAUGACCGAGAUAGAGAGGGAGGGCCUCGACUGGGACCUCAUCUACAUUGGGAGGAAGAGGAUGCAGGUGGACAAACGGGAGAAGGCGGUGCCUAAAAUCCAUAACCUGGUGGAGGCCGAUUACUCCUAUUGGACGCUGGGAUACAUGAUGUCCCUGCGGGGCGCCAAGAAGCUCCUGAGGGCCGAGCCCUUGAAGAAGAUGCUGCCGGUGGAUGAGUUUCUGCCCAUCAUGUUCAACAAACAUCCUAACAAAGAGUACAUGGAGCAGUUUGAGAGGAGGACCCUGAAGGCCUUCUCUGCCGAGCCGCUAUUGGUCUUCCCCACACACUACACCGGCGACCCGGGCUACAUCAGCGACACGGAGACCUCUACGGUGUGGGACAACGACACCGUCCGCACAGACUGGGACCGUAAGGCACGCUCGGGCAAGACCAAAGAGCAGGCGGACAUAAGCACAGAGGCACAGAACACGGAUGUGCUCCACUCACCGCUAGAAAGGACUGCACGCGACGAGCUAUGAGCUAACAGCUAAGAGCUAAGUCACGGAAAGACCCCGGCGAGAGCCUUUUUUUAUUUUAGUAUAAAUGAAUGUUGGACCAAAUGCCCAGUACAACCUUUGAAUGCCUCCUCCUCUUAAUUUGUCCUUUUUUGCUUUUUAUUUUUUGUCUAGAAUUGGAAUUUGGAUUGGCACAUUAUGUGAAUAGGCCUUUUGUUACUGGGUAGAUGUGGGAUCGAGUUUUGAGGUCAUCUUUUUGUAUGUAUUUUGCAAGCAUUUAGAUCUUCGCUGUGCUCUUUAAUGUGUGUUUCGGUUUUUUUUGUACAUACUGUACAAUGCAAGAUCAUGCCAAUCCAUUUUCACAAUUCACAUUCACGUUCUUUUCAUUUUCAAUUUUAUUUCACAUCGCUUGUAUUUAAUGACAGACCAAGUCAUCCCACUCUGAGGAUAUUCACUGUGUGUUGUUGUUUUGCAAGAUCAGCUGCACAAUAAGUACAUCAACAGGUCAAGGGGACUGCUUUCAAAUUGUUUUCAAGUCUUUUGUGGUUUGUUUGGGUAAUGUCAUUGUGUUCCCCUUUAGAAUUCUUUCAAAAUUCGUCAUCGUAAUCUCUAUAGUGCUACGUAAUGUGAGAAGUUCAGAACACCUUUACUGAGUUAUUGUCAGUAUGUAAACCAGUACUUUUCACUUGGGAAAGAAAUGCUUCCCAGUGCAACGCGAUGCCUUUGCCUGUUUAACCAGAGACUUCAAAAACAGUUUUAUUGCAUUUGAGUCAGUGUGAUCUGGCACAUAGCUUACUGAGGAGGAUGAAAGUAAGACGUAUACAGUAUGAAGCAAUGUUAUAUAAUGUAGACUUAGCUCUGUCCACCUAAGUUGGUAGUAGACACCAGCAUCUGUGAUGCUCAGCCCCUCUGAAUCAUUCCCACCCCCUCCACCGCCAGGCAGACCACACCACGCCACACGCUAUAGCAGUUAAGGGACGAGCGCAAACCCAACUACCCAUCGUAAAUGACACCGUUUCAUGGCUGCGUCUAGGGCUGGACUGUUCAUCUGGCAUAGUGGGCAUUUCCCAGUGGGCCCCUAUUUU